AUCCGACUAGCGUGGGAGGGGGUGGGGCCAGGAUAAGACGCGCGCGCGCUGCCUCGUGCUGCAGAUCCUGGGUGUUAGCUGCGUGCGCCUGCAACUUCUUGUGCAAAGCCCUCCCAGGACAUGGCCUCAGGAAAAGCCCGCAUUGGGCAGCCGGCCCCUCACUUCCAGGGCACAGCUGUGGUAGAUGGUGUCUUCAAGGAGAUCUCCCUGGACGACUAUAAAGGGAAGUACCUGGUGCUGUUCUUCUACCCUCUGGACUUCACCUUCGUCUGCCCCACGGAGCUUGUGGCCUUUUCAGACCGGGCUGGCGCCUUCCGGCAGCUGCAGUGCGAGCUCCUGGCUGUCUCUGUGGAUUCCCAUUUUUCCCACCUGGCCUGGACACAGCUGUCACGAAGGGAAGGGGGCCUGGGGACCAUGGCCAUCCCGCUGCUGUCGGACUUGACCCGCACCAUCGCCUGUGACUAUGGUGUCCUCAAGGAGGAUGAGGGUAUCGCCUACAGGGGCCUGUUCAUCAUCGAUGCAGAGGGGCGGCUGCGGCAAGUGACCAUCAAUGACCUGCCAGUGGGGCGCUCAGUGGAUGAGACCAUGCGCCUGGUGCAGGCCUUCCAGCAUGCUGACCAGCAUGGUGAAGUGUGCCCUGCAGACUGGCAGCCAGGUGGUGACACCAUCAAGCCCACAGUGAGGGAGAGCAAGGAGUACUUUGCCAAGCAGCCCUGAGUCAGCUGGCCAAGGGGAUGGGCCUGAACCUGGCCAUGCCUCUUUCUCCCUGGGGGGGAGCUUCUUGAGGGGGCAGGGUUUGAAGCUACCCCCCCCCCCCCUGCACAGUUGGAAGCUAAUGAUGAGAAUAAAGUGAGUGUUUCAUGGCAAAA